AGGAAGUGAAAGAGUCAAUGUCAAACAAGCUUGAAUCGGCGGUUAGAGCUGCUACAUCCCUCACCCUCACCCUCACCGGUAAACAACAGCAGACGGGGAAGCAGGUUCUGUCUGAAAUCCUUCUGAGCUGUUCCACAGGAUCAAAGGCAAGCCGACUGGGAUUUCUCAGGAAACAUGAACUCUCUUUCUGGAAAAGGUGUGCUGUCUCUGUGCAGACAGACCACCAACUCCCUCCGCGUGUUGGUCAACAGCACUCCUUCGGCUCUUCCUCCGGGUCAUGGACUCACCAGAUCAUUGGUAGGUGCACAGAGAGUGUGUCACUCGGCUGCAAGCUCCAAACCCAGCAGCAUCAGGACCAAAAAGCGGGGUUAUGACAUCACAAGGAACCCCCACCUCAAUAAGGGCAUGGCGUUUACUCUGGAGGAAAGGCUCCAGCUGGGCAUCCAUGGCCUUCUGCCUCCAUGCUUUCUCUCCCAAGAUGUCCAGGUGCUCCGUGUCAUGAAGAGCUAUGAGACACGUUCCAACCCCCUUGACAAAUACAUUUUGCUGAUGACCCUGCAGGACAGGAAUGAAAAGCUCUUUUAUCGUUUGUUGACCUCAGACAUUGAGGAGUUCAUGCCUAUAGUUUACACUCCCACUGUGGGACUGGCCUGCCAGCAGUAUGGCCUGGCAUUCAGGAGACCACGAGGACUUUUUAUUACCAUUCAUGACAAGGGCCACAUAGCCACCAUGUUGAACUCAUGGCCAGAAGAGAACAUCAAGGCCAUUGUGGUAACUGAUGGUGAAAGGAUCCUGGGGCUUGGAGAUCUGGGUAGCUAUGGAAUGGGUAUUCCAGUGGGAAAGCUGGCUCUCUACACAGCCUGUGGAGGAGUGCACCCUCAGCAGUGCCUGCCUGUGCUGCUGGAUGUGGGUACUGACAAUGAGACCCUUUUGAAUGAUCCCUUGUACAUUGGACUGAAGCACAAGCGGGUAAGAGGAAAAGAAUAUGAUGACCUUAUCGAUGAGUUCAUGCAGGCUGUUACAGACAAGUAUGGGAUGAACUGUCUGAUUCAGUUUGAGGAUUUCGCCAACAGCAAUGCUUUCCGCAUUCUUAACAAGUACCGCAACCGAUACUGCACCUUCAAUGAUGACAUCCAAGGAACAGCAUCGGUGGCUGUUGCUGGCAUUUUAGCUGCUCUGAAGAUCACCAAAAACAAACUGUCUGAUCAUACUUUUGUGUUUCAAGGAGCAGGAGAGGCUGCCUUGGGCAUUGCUCAUCUGCUCACUAUGGCCAUGGCUAAGGAAGGAGUGUCCCAUGCUGAUGCUGUCAAGAAGAUCUGGAUGGUGGACUCUAAAGGGCUAAUUGUUAAGGGCAGAAGUCACCUGAACCAUGAGAAGGAAGAGUUUGCCCAUGAACAUCCUCAAAUAAGGACUCUGGAGGAGGUGGUGACGACCAUUAAGCCUACAGCUAUUAUUGGUGUUGCGGCCAUUAGUGGAGCUUUCACCGAGAAGAUUAUAAAGGACAUGGCAUCCUUCAAUGAGAGGCCCAUCAUAUUCGCUCUCAGCAAUCCCACCAGUAAAGCAGAGUGCACUGCGGAGCAGUGUUACACACUCACAGAGGGUCGUGGCAUUUUUGCCAGCGGUAGCCCUUUCAAGAAGGUGACUCUCUCAGAUGGACGCACUUUCUACCCAGGCCAGGGUAACAAUGCGUAUGUGUUCCCUGGUGUUGCACUGGGUGUCAUUGCCUGCAGGGUGCGUCAUAUAUCUGAUGAUAUUUUCCUCACCACAGCAGAGGCAAUAGCUGACAUGGUUACAGAGGAACAUCUGGCUGAAGGCAGAUUGUACCCCCCUCUCAGCACCAUCAGAGAAGUGUCCUUCAAGAUCGCCAUGAAGAUUGUAGAUUAUGCUUAUAAACACGAUAUUGCUAACUGGUAUCCUGAGCCCAAGGAUAAAGAAGCCUUUGUGUUGUCACAUGUCUACAACUCUGACUACGACUCCUUUACGCUGGACUCCUACACGUGGCCAAAGGAGGCCAUGGCGGUUCAGGAUGUGUAGCUUCUCUGGCUGCUAGCUUCUCUCUCCUGCCUCUCAGAGGGAGCCACAUGCAGCACCAUGCCUCAGCUCAUCAUCUAGCGUGCUUUUUUUUAUUCAUAAUAUAUAUUUUUCUUCCUUCUCUAUAUCUAGACUUGGCUAGAUGAAAUGAAGACCUCCCAUUCUUGAAACAUUGCCCCUGGUUGCAGGUGCCAAAGGGUCUGCCUGUGUAAUUCAUUAAAUGCUCAGACUCCAAAACACGAGCACAUUAAAAUAAUUUUAAAUAGAUAAAUAUUCAUUUUACGCCACUCCAUGAUUAGCGCCGCACUGUUGUGACUGUGCACUCCAGUCUAUUUGUAUAUAAAAUCCCUCUUUUUAAAAACACUCCUUUCUUUGUGAUAUGAUUUUCCUCCAGCAUCACCUACGGUUACGCUGCUGUUAUCUAUUUAGGGACGUCAUAUUCGUUUACAGUAACUGCCUGUAAUGAGUUGAAGACUUCCAUCAAGAAAACUGUUCCACUUAUUUGCUUUUAUUGUAAACUCCACUGCCUGCAUUGUCAUAUGGAUUACGCCAAAGGAUGGCUUGUAUCAGAUAUUUUUAAUUACAGUAGCAGUGAAUUAUGUGUCGACCUCAACAGAUUACUAUUUAUAUUAUGAUGUAGCCCAUAAGUCCUGAGUGGAAACUAAGAAAUGUGUAGUACUGUGCUGAGUGUGAUUCGAAGGAUUGUUGCUAUCUAUUCUCGGUUUAUGAACAUUUUAUGCUUAUUAGUAGUACACUACAAAAGAAUUCUAUUUUCAGAUAUUCAAGGAAGGGCAAACAACGGUUUUGAAUAAAUAAUUAAAUCACA